AUGCCAUGCGCUGGGUGCCCGUGUCCAGAGUCUAAGAGAAACUUAGAGCAUUUUGAAUAUCAAAGGCUCCUUCAGUUCUUGACUGGAUUAAAUGAAACAUACACUCAAGCCAGAAAUCAGAUCAUGAUGAUACAUCCAACUCCCUCCUUAAACAAGGCAUAUUCCUUGAUUAUUUAUCAAGAGAGUCAAAGGAGAAUUGCUAAUCUUACUCAAAUUGUUCAAACCUCUGAGCAUUUAGAAGGAGCUACUUUGUAUAGUAACAAUGGAGCGGGCUACACUGGAGACAAUCUCGAGUCUAAGAAGAAUCAGCUGCAAUGUGAGUACUGCCACUACAAAGACCAAACAAAGGAAAACUGCUUCAAGCUGAUUGGUUAUCCACCAGAUUUUAAGUCAAAAAGGAAAGGAAGUAAUUUAGGUAGUUAUGCAAACUAUACUUGUAAUUUUGAUGCUAACUCAACAACAGGAAACUAUGUGAGCAAACCUGCUCCACCACCUCCACUCCAGCCACAGCGACAAGGAAGGAAUGCUCCCAUAUCUGUUGGUACCUCUAUGGCACAACCAUCAGCUUCAUUCUUUACGCAGGAACAGUACCAACAGAUCAUCCAACUGCUAAGCAAGGGAUGCAAUGAAGGUUCAUCUGAGAAAUCUGCAACUGUAGCAGGUACUAUGAAAGCCUUAUUCACUUCAUGUAUUAAUAAAGAGUGGAUAGUAGAUACAGGAGCAACAGACCAUAUGAAAUCCACCUUAGAAGUGUUAAAAACUUUUAAGCAGAAACUUAUGUUUGAAAGGAGUAAAGUCCAUCUACCAACAGGUGAUGUAGCUUAUGUAUCUCAUAUAGGAAAAGCUUCUGUAUUUGAGGGUCAAAACAUAUCUAAUGUACUGUAUAUCCCAGAAUUUAAAUACAACCUAUUGUCUGUGUCUAAGCUGACAAAGGAGCUACAGUGUUCAGCCCUAUUCUUUCCUGACUUCUGUAUCUUCCAGGAUCUUUGCAGUGGUCAGGUGAAAGCGAUUGGUAAGGAGGAUCGUGGACUAUAUGUUCUGACGAAGAAUUUUGCACAGCAAGGUUCAGCAUUGAUAGGGAUUAAAAGUGCAGAAAAUAACAGUGUUGUACUGCUAGCAAUCAUUUUUCUCUUACUAGUUUACUUUGGCAUAGAAGGCAUUGAUCAUCAGAGUACUUGUGUGUACAUUCCUCAACAAAAUGAUAUUGUUGAGAGAAGGCAUAGGACAAUCUUAGACGUGGCCAGAUCACUCAGAUUUCAAGCAUCAAUACCUUUGAGGUUUUGGGGAGAGUAUGUCAACACUGUUGUGUACUUACUCAAGAGGCUUCCUUCCAAAGUCAUUGAAUACAAAUCGCCUUUUCAAAAGCUUUACUUGCACCCUCCUUCCUUGAAUCAUUUAAGAGUGUUUGGUUAUUUGAGCUAUGCAACCAGUCAUAAUAUACAUGACAAGUUCUCUUCCAGAGCAAUACCAUCUGUACUCAUGGGGGAGAUACUAGUUCCAGAAGAAGCUCAAGAACAACUACCUGACCUGCUUGGUGUUCCUGGUAAUUCUGAAGCACCAGAUCCACCACCAGUAGUCUAUGACUCCACAGAUGCUUCAGAGACUCAUAAUCUCAGAAGAUCACUCAGACACAAGGUUGUUGUUGAUCCAAAGUGGAUAAAAGCUAUGCAACUUGAGAUUGCAGCUUUAGAGGACAACCACACAUGGACAACUAUAGAUUUGCCACAAGGAAAAGUGCCAAUUGGAUGCAAAUGGAUGUUUAAAGUAAAGUAUAGAGCAUCAGGUGAAGUGCAAAGAUAUAAGGCCAGGUUGGUUGCAAAAGGAUACAGUCAAAAAAGAGGGUCUGGAUCACGCAAACAUUCUCCCCAGUAG